UAAUACAACUCCUUACAUGAGAUUUAAGAACAAUGACGAGAAGGCAACUAAUGCUGCUCCUCAUGUGAGAUACAAGAACAAUGGAGAGCAAGCAACUAUUCUAAGCUCUCACAGGAUGGUUGAAGCUGACGAAAGACCCACCAUUCUGAGUCGAGAACCGCAAAUUCCAGGAAGGGAUACAACCUCUGCAAAUGAUGGGGAAGUUAUUGAAAAUUUGAUGCAAACUCAUGAUGUAUUCAUAAGUACUCUUCGGUCUCGCUUGACCAAAUUACAGGUGGUUCGACAUUUUUGGGAAAGAAAUGACGUUAAAGGUGCUAUUGGUGCCAUGAUGAAGCUGCCAGAUCAUUCUGUGCAAGCUGAUACUAUCAGUAUCCUGAUGGAGAAAAUGGAGACUCUCAACUUAGAUUUAUUUUUGUGCUUGCUUCCUGUGCUUGUGGGUUUACUGGACAGCAAGAUGGAAAGGCAUGCAAGCAUCUCAUUGGAGAUGCUUCUGAAGCUUGUAGCAGUAUUUGGUCCAAUGAUACACUCAACCGUUUCAGCACCUCCCGCUGUAGGUGUUGAUCUUCACUUAGAGCAAAGGCGAGAAUGCUGCAAGCAAUGUUUUGUACAUCUUCAGAAGGUCCAGAAAAUUCUUCCAGAUCUUGUAAGGAGGGGUGGUUUGCUGGCAAAAUGUGCUUCAGAAUUGAAUUUAAUUCUUCAAGAAUCAUAGGCAAUCCUGCAAGCCAGUACUAGUUUCUGCUAAAGCUCUUAAGAGUGGCUUGGCCGAAUACUCUAACCGGCUACUAUUUAAUACAGUAUUUCCGCAUCUCAUUGUGUGUAUUCACAAUUUUGUCUUGCGCUUCAUACAUUUUGCUGUCAUCCUUGGAUUUCGUCUCGGAUGAGAUUCUCAUGAGUAAAGGUAAGAGCAGAGCCAUACAUUUAACUGUCAUCACCUGCAUUUCCAGAAGGUGGAAAGACUAAAUUUUGGCCUUCUGGAACUGUGGAGGAUAUUUCUAGUCAUGAUUCUUUGAUUACAGAUGAUGUGUAAUUUUCCAUUUAAAUGAAUGUAAGUAUGCUCCAGUAUAUAUAAUAUUGUAUGUAUCUUGUAUUUGUAAUGAUCAAUGAAAUAUGUGUACUUUUGGAGCUUC